CAGUACCGACCUUUCGCUUUCUUGGGGCGGAGCGGGGCGGCGAAGGGAUCAAAAACAGAGGAGAUGGGCGAAGCAGGGGACUUGACGGCGUUUUUCGCCCGGCGGAUCGGGGCGGCGGCGCGACCGUGGACGCGGGAGGAGGACAAGGCGUUCGAGCGGGCUCUGGUGGUGUUCCCGGAGGGGAUGGCGGACCGGUGGUCUGCCAUCGCGAGGGAAGUGCCGGGGCGGAGCGCGGCGGAGGUGUGGGACCGGUACCAGGCGCUGGUCCGGGACUGCCAACUGAUCGACCGAGGGAUGGUGGACAUGCCGGCGGCCUGGGACGACGACGACGACGACUACGGAGUUGACUCCGGCGACGGUGCUUGCGGGUCGCGACAGCAGCCGGCCGCUAAGAACAAAGGAGAGGAGCGGAAGCGAGGGGUUCCGUGGACCGAGGAGGAGCACCGGUUGUUCUUGGAAGGGUUGGAAAAGUACGGUAAGGGAGACUGGAGGAACAUCUCGCGGUGGGCGGUGAAGACGAGGACGCCGACGCAGGUGGCGAGCCACGCGCAGAAGUAUUUUAUCCGGCAGAGCCACGCCGGAAGAAACAGGGAGAGCAAGAGGAAGAGCAUCCACGACAUCACGCAGCCAUGACAUUCCACGUUACUCUCCACGCAACUGGACUCUGUGAUCCUUGUUUAGGCAGGCAGCGAGCUGUGCUACCAAUUACUCAACGAAAGAAAAAUGUCAAACAUUUAAGAAUGUUUCUCGUGAUCGAGGGGAAAAACAAGUGGGAAUUAGAAUUAAAAAUUAAUAUAAAUUCUAGUCCAGAGAUGUUUGUUAAA